UUAUUGAUAUGCUUCAUUAUUAUUUACAAUUACUGUCCAUUUUACUCUUUAUUUGCUCUCCAAUGACUAAAGGAGAUAGUUCUGGGGGUGAUGGAGGCAAUGUUGGAAUGCCCGGUGGAAGAGUGCCACAAGACGUUAACAAGGAGGAUAUUAAGCAAUUGGCUACCAAAGGCUUAACAAAAAUAAAUCAACAAUCCAAUUCUGCCCAUCAUUUUGGAUUGGCAGAAAUUAUUAAAGCAGAAAGUCAAGUAGUUUCUGGUGUUUUAUAUAUUCUUACUUUACGUGUUGGAAAAACUGAUUGUCUUAAAACUAUUUAUACAAUUAAAAUUUGGCAGCAGCCAUGGAAAAAUUCUGAAGAAGUAACAAUUACUGAAGGCGAAGAACAAUAA